AUGGCAGAAGAAAAUGUAAUUUUGGUUACGGGUGGGUCAGGACUUGUUGGUAAAGGGAUUGAGUGGGUUAUUGAAAAUGACAAGUCAGAAAAAUUUGGUAAGAAAGCAGGAGAAAAAUGGAUUUUCCUUAAUAGUAAAGAUGGUGAUUUGAAGUCAAAAGAAGCUACAAAAGCCAUUUUUGAAAAAUAUAAACCAACGCACAUCAUACAUUUGGCUGCUCUUGUGGGUGGACUUUAUAAAAAUAUGAAAUUCAAGUUGGACUUCUUGAGAGAUAAUUUGUUAAUUAAUGAUAAUGUGUUGCAUAUAGCACACGAACAUAAAGUUAAGAAAGUUGUUUCGUGUCUUUCUACAUGCAUCUUUCCUGAUAAAACAACAUAUCCAAUUGACGAAACAAUGAUUCAUAACGGUCCUCCACAUGAUUCUAAUUUUGGAUACGCUUAUGCAAAAAGAUUAAUAGAUGCUCAAAACAAAGCAUACAAUGAUCAGUUUGGUGACAAUUUUACUUCAGUCAUUCCAACUAACGUAUUUGGGCCUUAUGAUAAUUAUGAUUUAGAAGAUUCUCAUGUUAUUCCUGGCUUAUUGAUAAUUUGGGUGUUGAGAGAAUACACUGAAAUUGACCCAAUUAUUUUAUCAGUUGGUGAAAAGGAUGAAAUAUCUAUCAAAGAUGUUGCUGAUUCCAUUGUAAAAGCUGUUGGAUUUGAAGGAGAAUAUUCUGUAACUGAUGGGCAAUUCAAGAAAACUGCAAAUAAUAGUAAAUUAAUAAAAUAUUUGCCCGAUUUUAAAUUUACACCUUUUGAUGUUGCUAUUAAAGAAUCUGCUGAUUGGUUCUUACAAAAUUUUGAUACUGCACGUACUGGUAAAAAAUAA